AAUUUUCAUCUGUACCGAGGAACACAAAACUGGGUGAAGGAAGGAUGGCAGGGGCACAAGGACAAAGCUUGCCUGUGAUUUGUCUCUCCUGCCCCCGGAGCCUCCUCCUCUUCCGCUCCUUCUCCUCGUCUCUUAUAUACCACAAGAAGCUUGUCCAUCAUCACCACUACAACAUCUAGUGAAAGCUGGAGCAACGACAGCGGUAGUUCCUGCCGGAACUCCUCCUCCUAUGUCCAUCGACAAAUGAUACAGGAGGACGAGAUGAGCUCGGAGUGCAGCAGCGGUUGCCAAUCUGGUUGGACCAUGUACUUGGCCCAGUCCUCGGACGAGCAGAGCUCUCUUCGCCACAAAGAUGCUAGCUCCUUUCAUGGACAAGAAGAAGAAGAAGAAGAAGAAGAAGAGGAGGAGGACCUGUCCAUGAUCUCCGAUGCGUCCUCUGGGCCACCGCAGUUGCAUGAAGUUGAUGACGAGCGUGGCCACUACUAUCGCCACUCCACCCCUCGCUGGGAAAGCAAUGGCUGCCUCCACUUUGCUUCAGCUCCCGCUGCUGCAAUGGGUAGGGAUGGUGGCAAGAAGAGGAGAGCGGAAGCAGCGCAGCAAAGGGAUCAUUCCUCUGUUCUGGAUGACACUGCCAGUUCCCAACUCCUCAGCAGUUCACAGCAUAGCAUCAAUGACUGCAGCAACCACAUGAAGCAAUCCAUGGACUUCUCUUACGGCUUCUCCACCACCCACUUUAAAGCAAGGUCUGCGCCACAGGAGCAAAUGGGCUACUCUCGAUCCUCUUCAUGUGUCAAGCCAACCCCGUCAAGACCAGUACCAAGGAAAGAGGGAAGAAGGAAGAUGUGGUGACUGGUCUCGCCUUGCUACCUGUUCCGAAGAAGAUGCCCAAGGAUUCGUCGUCCACAUAUCUCAAGGAGAUCUUUCUUUGGGGCUUUUCAGGGGUUUAUUUUAGUUCUCUGUUAUUUCCUUUUGCUGUGUCAAUGUGCAGCGGGAA